AUGAAUGGAAGACUGCCUUCAAGACCAAACACGGAGGUCAUUGGAAGAACACGUUCAACAUUUGUGGAUGGUUUCAGAAACGUUGCGAUAAGAGGUUUUGUUGUGAGUUUCAAAGGAUUGGAAGUUGAUCAAGAGAAAGUUCAAGCGAUUCAAGAAUGGCCGCGUGUAGGAAUUGGGGCUGUGCUAACACAAGAUGGAAUACCAGUGGCGUAUUUCAGCAAGAAGAUAAAUGGCGCUGUUCUCAACUACCCCAUGUAUGAUAAGGAAAUGUAUGCCUUAAUUCGAUCUCUUGAGACGUGGCAGCAUUAUUUGUGGCCAAAGGAAUUCAUGAUUCACUCUGAGCACGAAGCCUUAAAGCUACUUGGGUUUUCUUAUUUAAAAGAAUUGUAUGUUGCUGAUGAUGAUUUUGGAAAUAUUUUUGCUGCUUGUGAGAAUGGAUCUUUUGAGAAGUUUUAUAGGUACGAGGGAUUCCUUUUUAAGAAAGGUAAGUUAAGCAUACCACAAGGCUCGAUUCAGGAACUGCUUACGCAAGAGGUGCAUAGUGGAGGUCUCAUGGGCCACUUUGGUGCAAGUAAGACACUAUCUACCGUACAAGAACAUUUCUAUUGGCCAAGAAUGCGAAGAGAUGCUGCACGUGUCUAUGAGCGUUGUGUGACUUGUAAACGAGCCAAUUCCAAAGUUCAACCACAUGGUUUGUAUAUGCCGCUGCCCAUACCUGAAUUUCCUUGGACGGGUGUAUCCAUGGACUUUGUCCUCGGGUUACCACGAACAAAAAUAGGAAAAGACUCUAUAUAUGUUGUAGUUGACAGAUUUUUGAAAAUGUCUCAUUUUAUUGCAUGUGCUAAGACUGAUGAUGCUGUUCAUGUAGCUAAUAUCUUCUUUAGGUAA